GGUUAGACGUUUCUCCAGUGAAGUUUGGUUGCGGCCCUUGCACACACCCCACCCCCUCCCUCCACCUCCUCCACCUCCUCCUCAGCAGCAGCAGCGGCAGCCUCUCCUCCUCAGACAUGGAGAGCUGCUAGAGCCUCCUCCUCCGUCUCCUCCUCCUCUCCGGUGGAUGCUGGAUGUACCAUGAGGUCUCCGCGGCUCUGGGCGGCUCUCUGCCUCCUCCUGACCGCCUCCUGCCGGCUCUGCUCGGCCGCUCGACACGGUUGUUUGUUUGAGAAGAAACUUUGUGCUAGAGAACAGCUGUGCAGCAACGAUGGUUUAUUCGGACAGUGCCGGGCUCCAAAUCAGGAGCCCGUCCAGUACCAGGUCUCCGUCCCGGUUCUGCACAAGCUGCAGGAAGUCCUGAAAGACCUGAUGGUGAAGGGUCUGACUUGGAAGGAUGACGUGACCCAGACCAUCAUCAGCCGAGAACUGAGUCGGGUUCCGACCAAACUUCAGGAGAAGACACCCAAACUGUCAGACAGGCUGAUGGGUCCUGGUCCUAAGAGACAUCAGGGUCCUGGAGAUCCAGAUGAUCCAGAGAUGAUGCAGCAGUACCUGGACUACAUGGUUCUGGACCCGUCCCGGCCAUCAGUCCACAUGCAGACGCCCCUGUUGGAUCCGUACACCUACCAUAAGCAGCAGUUUGGCUUCCAGGAUGAAGAGGAGCGCUCCCUCAACUCCCUCGAUGAUAAUCCAGCCUUCCCUCGCUCCAGAUCCCAGGAAAACUCUGUGGACCGGGACCGGCAGCUCCUCCAGGACCUGGUCUCCCUGUACCUCGCUACUCCUUCAUCGUCCUCCUCUUCCUCACAGUCUCUGUCUCGCCACAGAGGGGCGGGGACCUCAGGCCUCCCCUCUUCCUCCUCCUUGUUCCAGGAGCUGGACUUCCCCCUGGACUACGACGAGGACCACGUUUCCCAGGUCAGCCAGCUCCAGAAGCAGCCGUCGCAGAAGAAGAAGACGCAGCCGGAGUACAACUUCCUGUCGGGGAUGGACGAGCGCUCUCUGCAGAGGCUGGCUCUGCUGCUCGACCACUACAACCUGGACAUAAAGAACCUGACCCCGGAGCAGGACGACCUGCCGGCGGCUCUGAAGGAUCUCCAGCUGAAGGACUCCUACGACCCCGAACAGACCAAAGAAAAAUAUGGGGAGAACACAGCCACAACGAAGAAGGUCACCGAGGGUUCAAUGGCCUACAAGACCGUCCUCCAGGAGGCUCCGCCUCCCACCACCAAACUGGACGGAGAGCCGAAAGAGGCAGUGGAUCAGGACAGAGUGGACCAGACGGAGUUUGGAUACAUUGUCACCAAUCAAAGCGUCGUUGGACCUUCUGUCACCUUCAGGAUCAGACCAAACUCCAAAAACCUGACGGCCUCCAACGCCGCGGACAGUGCAGUUGCAGAGAAGAACUUCUUGGAGUCUGAGACGGGCCUGAAGGUUCUGCAGAGCGGAGCUGAACAGGUUAACGAGGGGAAGUCGUUGCCCCUGGCGACCAGAGUCCAGCCAGGCUCCCGCUGGGUGUUCGCCACGCUCGUGGCCAUGGCCUGCAUUGGUGGCAUCCUGGUGGCGACCAUGACCAUCGCUUGCCUCCGUCACCACGCCCACCGGCUGGCGGCGAAGAAGCUGGGCCUGGGACCAGAGGGCGGCAGCUUCAGUCACCAGGAGUACCAGGACCUGUGCCGCCAGCACAUGGCCUCCAAAGGCGCCUUUGGGCGCCUGGAGGCCGCUGCCCUUGGUGCGGUGGGAGGAGCCAGUGGAGCGGGCGGAGGUGGAGGAGGCGGAGCAGGACCAGGUGGAACAGCGGGACCAGGUGGGGCCGACUCCAGGGUGAGCAGCGUGUCGUCCCAGUUCAGUGACGGGGCCCAGCCCAGUCCCAGCUCCCACAGCAGCACACCAUCGUGGUGCGAGGAGCCGGCACAGGCCAACAUGGACAUCUCCACGGGUCACAUGAUCUUGGCUUACAUGGAGGACCACCUGAGGAACAAGGACCGCCUGAUGAAGGAGUGGGAGGCUCUGUGUUCCUACCAGGCCGAGCCCAGCUCCGUGUCUGUGGCGCAAAGCGACGCCAACGCCAAGAGGAACCGCUGCUCCGACUCGGUUCCCUGUGAGCAUCAGCCGACGCUUCAGUCCCUUCAGAAGGUGAAUAAAUGUUACCGAGGACGAUCCUGCCCCAUCAUCGUUCACUGCAGCGACGGUACAGGCCGGACUGGGACCUACAUCCUGACUGACAUGGUUCUGAAUCGUAUGGCUAAAGGAGUGAAGGAGAUCGACAUCGCUGCGACGCUGGAGCACGUCCGAGACCAGCGGCCCGGGAUGGUGCGCACCAAGGACCAGUUUGAGUUUGCGUUGACCGCAGUGGCCGAGGAGGUGAACGCCAUCCUCAAAGCUCUGCCCCAGUGAAACCAGAACCCGGGCCUUCCCUCCCACACUGCACCUCAGCUGAUGCUUUCAAACCAAGUCAGAAAAUAUUGAGGUUAGGACUGAUGUGUAUCCCGGGACCUUAAAAACCCCAUUCUCCAAGCUGCAUGUGAAGGCACCACAGACCAUGUUUCCAAAGAUUCCCUGGAACUGUUUGGAGUUUGGGCAAAGCAUUGUGGGUAAAGUGUUUGUUUUGGACUCGUCCAGGAAGCUACACCUCGUCGUCCUGCUGCCCCCCACCCCCCAAUGUGCCAUUUUAAUCAUCUUUAAUCGUCGUGUCUCUGGAUAUGUUGUCAACCUCAAGCAAAACAAAGAAAAAAAAAAAAAAAAAAAAAAGCUUUUUGUAUCUGUGAGACCUUGAAAUAAAUUGUGUCCAAGUGCUGCAACAACCGUGUGACUUCCUGUAGUUCAACUACCAAGUUAAACAUAAUAUUUAAAGUUAACAGUACAAUGUUUCGGAUUUCCUGCUC